UGGCGCGAAAUUUCGAAGCUUUGAAAACGAUUAAAAGACAUGUCUGAAACUAACCCCAAGUCCAAACUGAAACGAAGGAAACCCUCUGCCGAAAAGCUCCACCCGGAAAUAUCUUCCAGGGACACACCGAAGAGGGACCGUCCAACUCUGUUCUGCAGAGGCUGGACCGCAGAGGCCGACGGGUCAGUGGUUCCUGCAGCAGCGUGGUGGAACAGAGAGCGGCUGCCUGCUGUGGAGAGUCUGUGGGCGUUCACACUGAAGUCUGCUCUGCCGUACCUGGAGAACCAGCGCUGGGACCUGGUCCCUGAUCUUCCACAUCCAUCUGCGGCUAAACCUGCAGCACUGGAGCUGGAUGAACAGCGGUUGUGCGACUGCGGAGAAGACGUUGCUCCCCUCCCUGAACCUGCUCCACCCUCUCCGAGGACUUCGACGAGUCCAGAUCCUCUUAGGCUCAGCUCCUCCCAGCAGGACAACUCAGUACAGACUAAACCUGCACCACACACCCCUGACAGACAGCUGUCCUCUCAUAGCAGGCAAAGUCACCAUGGCAAAACAGCAGCCCUUCCUGCCCUCUCAGAGAGACAGUCCCCGUCCCUCCGCAGCUGGGAGGCAGCAGCAUCUUCAGCAAGUGUUGGUGGAGGAGAGCAAGAGGAAGAGGCUGGACCGGUCAACAGACAGGUGAAGGUUUGUGACAGCCGAGCUCCUCUGCAGAGGGAGGGUGAAAAUAAAGAGGAGGUGGUGAAGGAUAAAGAGGAAGAGCAAAUGCAGGGGAGUGUCAGAGGAGAUGGAGGAGCAGCAGGAGGAAGAGGAGGAGGGGGAGGAGGAGAGCUGCAGAGCUGCCCCAUGUGCCUGCUGGUGUUCCCCAUUGGGUUCACCCAGAUGGACUGUGACGGCCACCUGGCCCAGUGUCUGUCGGAGAUGAAUGUGGACAUGACCUGGUGAGUCCGCAGGAUGCUGCGCUGGCUGCUGUCCAGGAGCUACGAGCAGCCCAGAUGUCCCACACACUCCAGGAUCACGUUGUACGGAGGACACACCCAGAGAGCGGCUCGCACAGGGGGACACUGUCUUAGUGAGGUCCUGACACCUUACACAGGCUGUACUCCGAAAACCAGCCCCGCGUUGUGGAAGAGGGUUAGUUUGGAGAAUUGUACACCAGCUUGCUUUCAAAGCUGUGGUCACAGUAACUCUGAGGACUGCUCUCAGAGGACCCUGCUGUCAUAUUUCACUUUACCCUCUUUAGACACUAGAUCCCAAAUCUGGCUCUACUCGAUGGCUGCCCACGCUGCCUCUGAUACGCCUUUGAUUCCAGCUGGUCAAGAGGAUCAAUCCAGCCUGCCUCAUUCUCUGGGAGAUGAAAGACCAAAAUUGAACCGGGCCACAUCCUCCUUCACAAAGCUGCUUCCACAAAAAUACAUCAAGACCGAUUGAUGGAGACGGUUAUCAACUGACUAAUUAUAAACCUAAAAAGUUAUACUUACGCUUGCUCUGGGCCUGGAUGUUGGAUUGAAGUUAUUGUGUCAUCUGAAAGAAAAAUACAAAAUUCACACAUGAGUAGAGAAGCAUUGCAUCACUCUCCAGAACUAAUGAAACGUAUGACUGAAGUGAAACUAAGCGGUUAGGAAGGAUUCCUGUAAAAUAACGAAGUCCAGAUGAAAUUAAACUGUGUGUCUGCUCUGUAGUUUCCGUGUUCUGUGCCACAGAUACUGUCAACAGUUUCUCCUUACUCUAAAAAUAUAUUCAACAUAAUAUUUCUGUCUUUCUCUAAUUGACUUCCUCCGAAUGUGCCCUGCCAGAUGCACACACACACACACAUACACACACACACUGACCAAUGUAUCAUCAGAGUGUGUGUGUUUUGUGCUAUAUGGGUG